UUUUUUCUUUGAUUCGACGCGUACGAGGUGUGGACUUUUAUUUUGACAGAAAGAUAUUUGUAUUGUUGUUUGCGCUGCUUUAAUCGUACUGAAAGGACAUCCUGCACAUAGCUGUGUUUGUGUAGUGUUUUUAUGUCGGAACAAUGCGGGUCCUAGCGUUCCUCUUGUUGUGUGUGUGGCCUGUCAAUGGGGAGCAUCUGGAGCUCGAUCAAGUUGUAUUUGUGCCAGAAGAUUGGCUCCAUUCAGGCAGAGUUUCUCCUCAUGAGGAAAUGGAGCUGACUUUUGCUCUCAGGCAGCAGAAUGUGGACAGACUUCAGGAGCUGCUGCAGCUUGUGUCUGACCCUGAUUCACAGCACUAUGGGAAGUUUUUGAGCUUGGAGGAAGUCGCGUCCCUGGUCAGGCCAUCUCAGUUAACAGAGAAGGUCGUGUGGAUGUGGCUGCAGCGUCAUGGGAUCAGAAACUGCAGAACGGUGCUAACACGAGACUUCUUACAGUGCACUAUGAGUGCUCAGGUGGCAGAAACAUUGCUUCCUGGAACUGAAUUUCACCACUACAGGAGAGGUGAUCAGACAGUAAUGAGGUCAUCCUCUCAGUACUCGGUUCAUGAAGAUGUGUCUGAGCAUCUGGACUUUGUGGGUGGUGUACUACGUUUUCCACUGAGUGGUAAAGAAAUCAGUAAGACCUGGGCAGGGCCAAAGCGAUCUGGGAAGGCAGUUCAUUUGGGUGUGACUCCUUCAAUACUAAGAACUCGCUACAACUUGACUGCAGCUGAUAUUGGCAGCGCUGCUAACAACAGCCAAGCAGUGGCGCAGUUCCUGGAGCAGUAUUACCACCCAGCAGACCUGGCUGAGUUCAUGAGUAUAUUUGCAAGAGGUUUUAAGCACUUGAGUGAAGUUGAGCGAGUGGUGGGCAAACAAGGAGGAGGAAAAGCAGGACUUGAAGCCAGUUUAGAUGUGGAAUACAUCAUGAGCACUGGAGCCAACAUCUCCACAUGGGUCUUCACCAACCCAGGUCGACAUGAGACCCAGGAGCCAUUCCUUCAGUGGAUGCUGCUCCUUAGCAACAUGUCUGUCGUGCCUUGGGUACACACGAUCAGCUAUGGGGACGACGAGGACAGUUUGUCCACUGCCUAUAUGAAUCGCAUCAACAACGAAUUCAUGAAGGCUGGCCUCCGAGGAAUCUCUAUGCUCUUUGCGUCUGGGGACAGUGGUGCAGGCUGUCGGCAUUUGACCAAGGAAAAUGUGUUCAGGCCGAGCUUUCCUGCUUCUAGUCCAUAUGUCACCACAGUGGGUGGAACAUCCUUCAAGAAUCCUUACAAAGUCACCUUCGAGGUCACAGAUUACAUUAGUGGGGGUGGAUUCAGUAAUGUGUUCGCAAUGCCAGACUAUCAGGUUAGCGCAGUGAGCGCGUUUUUGAAAGCCGCACAAAAGCUUCCUCCAGAGUCUUAUUUCAACCGCAGUGGAAGAGCCUAUCCUGACUUGGCUGCGUUGUCUGACAAUUACUGGGUCGUGACCAACCUUAUGCCCAUCCCAUGGAUAUCUGGAACAUCGGCCUCAACUCCAGUGGUAGGUGGAAUCCUCUCACUCAUUAAUGACCAACGCUUCCUGAAAGGCCUUCCUUCUCUUGGCUUCCUCAAUCCACGACUGUAUAAACUCAAAGGCACCGGUCUUUUUGAUGUAACAGAGGGAUGUCACUUGGGUUGUCUUGAUGAGAAGGUAGAAGGUCAAGGUUUCUGUGCUGCUUCUUCAUGGGAUCCCGUGACUGGAUGGGGAACUCCAAACUACCCUGCUCUACUCACAGCCCUGAUGGAGGACUAAAGCCUCAGAAAAGCAAAACGUUUUGGAAAAUAAUCUUUUACCUUGCAAAUAAUUUUAAGGAUAUUUUUGUAUUCAAAAGCUGAGUGUCUCAGUAUGAUUUCUAUAAGGCAUAACCUUAUAUAAAGUUUGGCCAUUUUUUUUAACUGAUCAAACAUCCUAACAAGUCAAGGAAUGAAUGCUUCUAAACAUAAGCAUUAAGGUUUAAAUAUAUUGCACUGGAGGUCUGUAUAUAGUUGUUUUUAUGUGGCCUUAAUACCUCACAGGCCCUUUGACUAAUAAUUCUCAGUAAGAUUACAUUAAACAAUUUAUGUACUGAAACUGAGAGCUGGGUUCUUGGUAUCAGUAAAGGUAUUUGGUACUGGGGGAAAAACACCUUCAAGUCCAGUCUAUUUUUGUGGGGUUUUUUUUUUUUUUUUUUGGCAAUAAGUGCUGCAUCUACAUACAUCGGAUGUGUAAUUCACCCUUAUGCUGGAACGUCUUAGCAUUUAUCAAGUUGAAUAACUGCAUCAAUAUAAUCAGGUCAUGAAUGUUGUUUUAGAAAUAUAGAUGUUGAGUUAAGCCAUGUUUGUUCAUGAUUGUGUCAUUUAUUUAUAAACAUGGCAUUUUAAAAAUGAGAAUUUUGAUUGAAGUUAAAUAAAAUUAUUUUGAACCUGUU